ACCUGAGCUUGUGGGUGUACUUUUGUUCAAUUGAUGCGAUGUAGGACAUCUUUGCAGAGAUGAAUUCGUACAAAUCAAAUUAUUGUGACUGUUUCCUAACAUCAUUCUUUUGUCUCGCACACACAUCAAUCAGACUAUCCGUGUUCCAUUGUUAAUGUAACGUAGUUGUUUAUGACCGAUAUCUGAGUGCUAAGUUGUACCUAUGAGAUUACAUGUAGUUACUGUCGAUGUUUGCGGGCUGAGCACGUGAUGCGGCGAGUUUUGGCACCUCCGCGUCCAACUAUUUUUCCGGAGCGUCGCCCCAACCCUACGACACCAAUUCCCCAACGAUGCAACGAGUUAUACCCCAAAGAGCGCGUCAGCUCUGGGGUCAUGCGCCUCGGAUACGAUCCCUCAAUCGUGUGCGCAGAAACUUCGCAACCGUCUCCGACACUCAACGACACUUCGAUGUGAUCGUUAUUGGAGGUGGCCACGCCGGCUGCGAAGCCUCUGCCGCCGCCGCCCGAUCCGGAGCCCGUACCGCUCUAGUGACUCCGUCCGUAUCCAAUCUUGGGGUGUGCUCAUGUAAUCCCUCGUUCGGUGGUAUUGGGAAGGGAACUAUGCUUCGUGAGAUUGACGCUUUGGAUGGUGUGGUGGGUCGGAUAGUCGACAAAGCGGGCGUGCAAUUCCGUGUCUUGAACAAGAAGAAGGGCCCUGCGGUCUGGGGACCUCGAGCACAAAUCGAUAGGAGUCUGUACCAGAAAUACAUGAGAGAGGAGCUACUGGCAUACCAAGGGCUGGAUGUCGUAGAAGGGAAAGUUGCCGAUAUUGUGGUAGAUAGAGAAGGUGGUGAAAUCGUGAAUGGGAAGGGCGUAUACGGAAAGAUCAAGGGCAUUCGGUUGGAGAGUGGUGAGGUUGUUGGAGCGGACAGUGUAGUAAUCACUACUGGAACGUUCUUAGGUGGAGAGAUACACAUUGGUCUCGAGGCGUAUCCGUCAGGACGUAUGGGUGAAGCCGCAACCUUUGGCCUAAGCAAAUCAUUGCGAGAAGCUGGCUUCACUUUAGGUCGAUUGAAAACUGGAACGCCGCCGCGUUUGGACAAGAAAUCAAUCAAUUUCGAUAUUCUGGAAGCUCAGGAGGGAGAUAAUCCGCCAAUGCCAUUCAGCUACCUGAACGAGCGAGUGCAGGUGGAGAACCAGCUUCUAAAUUAUGAGACAAGAACGAACGAAGAAACGCACGAGAUCAUUCGUCAGAAUCUUGAGAAAUCAAUCCACAUCCGCGAGACCGUCAAAGGACCACGGUACUGCCCGUCAGUAGAAUCGAAAAUUAUGCGCUUUACCGACAAGACAUCCCACAUCGUCUGGCUCGAACAAGAAGGUUUCGAUACUGAUGUCAUCUAUCCCAAUGGCAUUUCAAUGACUCUUCCAGCUGAUAUCCAGGAAAUCAUGUUGAAGUCCAUUAAAGGCCUUGAGCAGGUAAAGAUGUUGCAACCGGGUUACGGAGUCGAGUACGAUUACGUCGACCCGCGAAACCUGCGCUCUUCCCUCGAGACCAAGAACAUCUCCGGGCUCUUCUUAGCUGGCCAGAUCAACGGGACCACUGGCUACGAAGAAGCAGCGGGACAAGGCGUUAUAGCUGGUAUCAACGCCGGACUUCUCGCCCAAGGCAAAGACCCAAUGGCAUUGACAAGAGCUGACGGAUACAUUGGCAUCAUGAUAGACGACCUAGUCACAAAAGGCGUUUCGGAACCCUAUCGCAUGUUCACCUCGCGCUCCGAAUACCGCAUGUCUGCCCGUGCCGACAACGCCGACACCCGCCUCACAGCCAUGGGCUACACAGUAGGCGUCAUUUCCCCUAAACGAUGGGAAACGUAUAGCCGCGAAGCCGAGGAUAUCGCCGAACUUACAUCUCUUUUGCAAGCAAAGACAAUGGGAUGGAGCGCGUGGAGCGAGUACGGGUUUGCCGUUCGAAACGAUAGCUCGAAACGUUCUGCUUACGAUAUCCUUCGCCUUACUUCUACAACUCCUUCUUCCCUCCUCUCUGUUCUACCCUCCAUAGCGAAUUACUCCCCUCACGUCCAGUCCCGCGUCCACAUCAAUGCGACCUACGCGCCGUACGUUAUACACCAAGCCGCCACACAGCAGCGCUGGCUCAGAGACGAAGGCCUGAAGUUACCACAGGAUCUAGAUUACGAGGGGAUUUUCGGAUUGAGUUUCGAGGAGAAGGCGGCGUUGAAGAUGGCGAGGCCGGAGAGUGUGGGCAUGGCGAGACGAGUCGAGGGGGUUACGCCUGCUGGCGCGUUGCGGUUGUUACAGUUUGUCAGGGGGGCUGGGAAGGAGGCGAGAGAUAGGAAGAUCAAGCAGGAGGUUGAGGAGAGGAAGAGGGCUUUCAUGGAUGCUGCUGGACAGGUUGCAUGA